UGUAACUUUUUAAGCAAGAAUAAUUACAAGUUGAAGGUCAUCGUUAAACAAUACAAAAUAUAAACCUAGAUACCCAUUACCCAUGGAGUACAUUGAAUGCUGCAAACACAUGGCGCAACACACCAAGUCCGCAGAAUGAGUUGGUAAAUAGGUUCGCCUUUUUCGGUCCGUAUAAAAAUCCAAAACAAAACAUAAGAACGGACCUCAUUUCAUUAAAUCUCUGUCUAGGCCAAGUAGUUGAUACAUGUUCCACAUGCAAACCUCCUUACUCAUCAUGUCACACGUACGUGUCAUGACACAAUAACAUCACUUUUUCUAUAAAAUUUUGGAUAACAUUAACACACACAAUCUCAUCAUCUCACCGCCUCUUUUCUAUUCUUUCAAUUCACAAAUAAUUCUCUUGUCAACCAGCUUUAUAAUUUAAUCCAAACUCACAUCAACAAUCAACAAUGACGGAACGUACAACACCACACCAAGUCCUAGUGCACACAACAACACGCAGUACUUACGACACCGCUGUUACCCCUCAACAGCGAUAUGAGGCUGUUACCCCUCAACAGCGAUAUGAGGCUGUUACCCCUCAACAGCGAUUUCAGGGUAGUAGAGCUACACAUUAUUCUGACAAAACUCCAUCAACCUCUCAAGUGCUUGCCGUCAUUGCUGGCCUUCCUGUAGGCGGCAUACUGCUUGCACUCGCUGGACUCUCCCUUCUCGGAACACUCACAGGACUGGCGCUCACAACCCCGCUUUUCAUCCUCUUCAGUCCUAUACUUGUUCCCGCCACCAUUAUCAUUGGCCUGGCUGUCGCCGGUUUUUUGACGUCCGGAGCAUUUGGGCUAACGGCUCUUUCGUCGUUCUCAUGGGUCGUAAAUUACAUCCGGCAGACUCAAGGGAGUGUGCCCGAGCAACUCGAGUCUGCCAAGUAUCGUUUGGCGGACGUGGCAAGUUAUGUGGGGCAGAAGACGAAGGAGGCAGGACAGAAGACGAAGGAAGUUGGACAAGAGAUACAGUCAAAGGCUCAGGAAUCGAAGCAAGAUAUACAGGCAAAGGCUCAGGAAUCCAAGCGAACAUCAACAGCAGCAGCAUGAGAAAAUGAACAAGCUUGGCUCAGUGUUUGUUUGUUUUUGGGGUUUGUAUGGGAACAUAAUAAAUGAUGCGAUGUCAUGUGACAUAGCAUACGUAAAGUUUGUGUUAUAUUGUUGGGUUAAGUAAGGGGACGUCGAUGCUUUGUGACAUAAAUGAGUGAUGCGUUGUUCAAUUCAAUGUGUGUUAUAUGCUAGUGUAAUAAAUAAUCUCUUUUUUA